GUCUUGCUGUUUUGUUAAUUAUAUAAACAUAAUAAUCGCGUGUAUUAUAGUUAAUUGCUAGCUAUAAUUUUAUUAACAAUACACUAUACAAUGUUUUACACGGUAAUAUUUGGCGUACUUUUCAUUGUGACAUACAUUUAUUUAUAUAAAUCUCGCGGUUACGACUACUGGAGAAAACAAGGCAUACCAGGUCCCACACCUGUCCCUGUAUUUGGUAAUUAUUUCACCGCAUUCCUGAAACCAAACCCUUUCAAAGAGCGUAAUUUGUAUCAGAAAUAUGGCAAUAUAUUCGGUCAUUUUGUGGGGACUAUACCUGUGCUGAACAUCGCCGAUCCUGAACUGAUCAAGGCAAUUUGGGUGAAGGACUUUCACCUGUUUACCAAUCGUACCAAAGUGUGGACCCCUAACAGCCCCCUAACUGCCCAAAACCUCAACCACUUGUGUGGGGACGACUGGAAACGUGUUCGCUCUAUAGUAUCGCCGGUGUUUACGUCGGGAAAGAUGCGACGAAUGUACCCUCAAAUCGGGGACUGUUUAUCCGAUUUUACAGCUACCAUCGACUCCCUGGCCGGUGGGCACCUAGAUGUCCAAGAUUGGUGUAGUAGAUUGGUACUGGAUAUAAUAGCUAGAUGCGCUUUUGGUACAAGAAUUGAUACCUAUAAACAGGGAGAUAAUUUGUUUAUCAAGUUAGCUAGGCAGAAGUUUACUUUCAACGUGUGGAAUGAUUUGGCCAAGCUCAUUUUGCCAAAAUUUGUCCAAAGGUGGUUUAGGUUGUCGGAUAGGGAGUCGGAUAAACAUAUUGUGGCGGAAAGGCGUCGGAAACCCGGUGCUAAAUAUAAUGAUUUUAUUCAAUUGCUUAUGGAGUCCGAGAUUAGGGACAGGGAUGACGAUGACGGUAGUGCUGGUAAUGACACGGAUAUAAAUGUUCAGCAUAUUAAUAAAGGAACGGAGGAACUGGAUAUCGAUCGGAAGGUAUUCAACAUAAACAUCAAGGAUAAAAAAUUGACCGAGGACGAGAUCAUAGCGCAGGGCUACCUAUUUCUAUUGGGCGGGUAUUUGGCAACGGCUACGACCCUCGCAUUUUCGGCCUACGAGUUGGCCGUCAACCCAGACAUUCAGCGCCGACUUUACGACGAGAUAAACGGUGCCAUCGAUUCAGCCGCCGGUGACAUACCGUACGACGUGUUGACACGACUUCCCUAUUUGGAUGCCUAUGUGUCGGAAAUACUGCGCCGGUAUUCAAUGGUCCAGCCAUUGGCCAGAAUAGCCUCCGCUGACUACAAGUUAGGCGACACCGGGAUCACCAUUAAGGCGGGUCAACAGGUGGAGCUGCCUAAUUUUGCCUUGCACCAUUCGGAGCGGUACUAUCCGGAUCCAUUUAAGUUUGACCCGGAUAGAUUUAUGCCGGAAAAUAGGCACCGGGUUAAUCCGUACGCGUAUAUGCCGUUUGGCGCCGGCCCUCGCAAUUGCAUUGGUAUGCGGUUCGGACUGUUGGUCGUGAAGUUAGGGUUGGCCCGUAUGGUAGGCGCGUAUCGAUUCUACCGGUGCCCGGAAACGGACGUUCCCGUCAACUAUCAGCGCUUUAUUCAUAUGAAUAUUGUUGAGAAACUUAUUAUUGGUUUUGAUAAACGAAAUAGUACA